CCUUCUGCAGACAAAAAAGGGGUGUUGUCCAAGUCCUGAGAGGUGGGACAUUGUCAGGACCGAGGACAACUGUGGGAUCAAACGCUUGAAAGUCCUCUGGUCUUCCUCCGGUCCGCAGACAUGUUUCUGUACCUGCUGGGACUGCUGCUCUUCUACUACGUGUACCGCUGGCUCAGGGAGCUGCCCAGGGUCUCGGACAAGGGCGGCAAGUAUGUGUACAUCACGGGCUGCGACACGGGCUUUGGAAACCUCCUGGCCCGCCACCUGGACAAGCUGGGCUUCCGGGUGAUCGCCGCCUGCUACACGGAGAAGGGCGAGGAGGAGCUGAGGAAGUCGUGUUCAGGCAACCUGACCACGAUGCACCUGGACGUCCGGUCCGCCGAGAGCGUCGCCAAAGUCGCGGCCGCCAUUAAGGACAAAGUCGGACAGCGUGGCUUGUGGGCCGUGGUAAACAACGCGGGGGUGUCCGUGCCCUCCGCCCCCGUGGACUGGCUGACCAUCGAGGACUACAGAUACAUGCUGGACGUCAACCUCAACGGCGUGAUCGCCGUGACCCUCAGCGUCCUGCCGCUCAUCAAGAAGGCCAGGGGCAGGGUGGUGAACGUGGCCAGCGUGUUCGGCAGGAUCAGCGCCACCGGCGGCCCGUACACCAUCUCCAAGUACGGCGUGGAGGCCUUCAACGACAGCCUGAGGUUGAACAUGGCCGCCUUCGGUGUCAAGGUCCUGUGCAUUGAACCGGGCUUCUUCAAAACCAACGUGACCGAUACCGCCAUCUUGAGCAACAAUGUCAGGUCACUGUGGGACAAGAUGCCCCAGGAGGUCAGGGAUGACUACGGACCCGAUUACCUGAAGAAAUCGUUGGCACUCAUAGCAGACAAGGUUGCCAAGAUAUCAGACGGAGACCUGAUGAAGGUGGUCAACUGCAUGGAGCACGCCGUGUCCGCCGUCCGACCCAGGACUCGCUACUCGCCGGGCUGGGACGCCAAGUUCUUUUGGCUGCCUUUGUCCUACAUGCCGACCUGCGUGUCGGACUACAUCCUGACUCAGCAAGCCGUUCCUGUCGCCAGGUCAGUGCAGUAAGUCUGCAGCCUCUUAACCACAACUUGGUCUUCUUCACUCUUCACUUAUUGUGCGGCCAUGGCCAUCUAAUAAAUAAAUAAAAAUCAGUCUCUUGGA